UAUUUGGAGAUAAUGGAGAGACGGAUACAAGUAUACAGGAAAAAUCUUUUAUUACAAUGCAUCAUCAAGUCGAUGUAGAUGAUUUAUUGAAGACUAUAUGGGAGGUUGAACCCGAUACAAAGAGAACAUUAACGGAAGAAGAACAGACAUGUGAAAGAAUUUACAAAAAUACCUACAAAAGAAAUGAAGAAGGAAGAUACAUCGUCAAGCUACCUUUAAAGACAGAAGUACCAAGAGCAUGUGAAGGAAAUACACGAGAAAUAGCACAGAACAGAUUAAUACAACUAGAGAGAAGAUUUCUAAAAAUGCCAAAGCUUAAAGAAGAAUAUGUAAAGGUGAUUGAUGAUUACCUCGAACAGAAGCACAUGGAAAAGGUACCAACCGAUGAAAGACAUACAAAGAAGAGUGUAUACUUAGCCCAUCAUGCAAUUAUUCGAGAAGAGAAGGAAACUACAAAAACGCGUGUCGUGUAUGACGCGUCGUUUAAGGGUACCAAUGGUUUCUCUUUAAACGACGACCUCCUUGUUGGGCCAGUUUUACAAGAAGAUUUGAGAAGUUUGAUAAUGUGAUGGCGUAUGCACGCUGUAUGCUUCGUCCCAGACAUUCACAAAAUGUAUAGGAUGAUUCUAACAACUAAAGAAGAUUCCGACUAUCAGAGAAUUUUAUGGAGAAGUAGCAGCGACAAGGAAAUAGAAGAUUACCGUCUCCUAACAGUAACUUUCGGAACAGCUUCAGCUCCAUAUCUGGCAGUUAAAACGUUGCAACAGCUGGCUAUAGAUGAAGGAGACGAGUUUCCUGUUGCAGCAAAGAUGAUCACAGAAGACUUCUACGUCGACGACCUGAUGUCCGGAUGUGACACUAUCGAACAAGCAAUAGAAGCCAGCAAACAAUUGCAAGAAGUUAUGCAAAAAGGAGGAUUUCAGCUCAAGAAAUGGUCAUUCAAUAGUGUCGAGUUUAUGCGAAGUUUGAAGCCCGAAGAUAGAUCAGUUAACGCACAUAUUGAUUUAAACAUGGAUGGCACGAUCAAGGCACUUGGUGUUCAAUGGAACAUGGGAACAGAUCAAUUCGAGUACAACCUUAAUCUUCCAGAGGUAACUAAUCAUAUCAGCAAACGAACCAUUUUGUCUGACAUCCAGAAACUGUUUGAUCCUCUGGGCUGGAUCUCACCCUGUGUCCUGAUGGCUAAAAUACUGAUACAGAAGUUGUGGCUGGCAAAGGUGAAUUGGGACGAGGAACUUAGUCAACCCUUAAAAGAUGAAUGGCUUCGAUUAAGAGUAGACUUGAGACAGGUCAAUGAGGUCCGUAUUGAUAGAUGGCUGGACACUUUGAGCACUGAAGGAGCAAAUAUUCAGAUACACGGUUUCAGUGACGCCUCUAUCUCCGCUUACGGUGCAGCCGUUUACAUUCGAGUAGAAAAGGCAGACGGUACAGUCAAAACAAGGUUAAUCGCUUCGAGAACACGAGUCUCUCCAGUGAAACCUGUCUCUUUACCUAAAUUGGAAUUAUGUGGAGCCGUUGUGUUGGCAAAAUUGUUAAGACAAGUCCGCUGUGCUAUGAGAAUACCAGCUUCACAAAUAUUCGCAUGGACAGACUCUUCCAUUGUAAUUUCAUGGAUUUUUGGCGAACCACAAAGGUGGAAAACGUUUGUGGCAAACAGAGUUGUGGAAAUAACAAACAAUGUUAGUCAAAACCAGUGUCAUCACGUUACUUCAGAGGAUAACCCCGCCGACAUUGCAUCUAGAGGAAUGUACUUGUCAGAGUUGAAGGUUUCUAAGAUAUGGUGGGAAGGCCCUGAAUGGCUAUCUAGAAAGGAAAUAGAAUAUAGAAGACCAAAUGUCAUUUCAACCGACAUAGAAAGGAAGAACGUGAUACAGGCAAAUUUAAACGUGUAUGGAAGCGAGAAGGAGAGAAAAUUGACAGAGCAAUUUAAAGACUUUGAUAAUUUACAAGAAUUAAUAAAAACCGUAACAUAUUGUCGCAAAUUUCUGAACAUGAAAAAACUGCAAAUAGACAAUUUAAAAUUAACUACUCAUGACUUAGACCACACACUGCAAAUAUGUGUAAGACUUGUACAAAAGGAAGAAUUUGGAGAAGAAAUAGAUAGACUAACGACGAACAAACAAGUACAUAAACGGAGCACUAUAAAAUCUUUAAAUCCCUAUUUGGAAGAAGGUCUACUGAGAGUGGGAGGAAGGCUUAGACUUGCAAACAUAAAUAAUGAAGAAAAGCAUCCCUUAAUAUUGGGCAAUAGAAACAACUUAACUCCUCUGAUAAUAGCCGACGCACACUUAAAGACCAUGCAUGGUGGAAUAACACUCACGAUGAGUUAUUUACGUUCCAAAUUUUGGAUUAUAAAAUCAAAGAAUUUAGUAAAGGCUCACGUCAAUAAAUGCCUUGUAUGCGUCAGACAAAACGCUGCUCCAAAAGCACAGCUGAUGGGAGACCUGCCAAGAGAACGAGUUACGCCUGCUAGACCAUUUUUACAUAGUGGCGUCGACUUUGCAGGACCUUUCACUACCCUAAUGUCUAAGGGUAGAGGAGCAAAGACUACGAAGACGUAUGUAGCUAUAUUUAUAUGCUUAUCAGUUAAAUGCAUACAUCUAGAGCUAGUCAGUGACCUGACUUCUGAAGCCUUUAUAGCUGCCUUCAAGAGAUUUGUGGCCAGGAGAGGGCGAUGCAACCAUUUGUGGAGUGACCAAGGAAGAAACUUUGUGUUGGAGCCAAUAAGGAAUUGAUUAACGCAUGGAAAGAGGCACAACUAGAUUUUACAGGAGAAAUUUCCGAUUCCUUGGCUAAAGACGGUACGCAGUGGCAUUUCAUCCCCGCCUAUAGUCCGAAUUUUGGUGGUUUGUGGGAGGCUGGUGUAAAAUCCCUGAAAUAUCAUCUAAAAAGAAUCGUCACCUCUCACCUUACCUUCGAGCAAUUUGUGACAGUCCUUUGCGAAAUUGAGGCAUGCUUAAAUUCAAGGCCGUUAUGUCCAAUUGAUAACGACGAUACAGACAGUAUAGAACCCCUAACACCCGGACACUUUCUGAUCGGCGAAGCACCCAUAAACGUCGCAUCGCCCGACUUGAAGGAUGUUCGAAUGAGCUCACUAUCACGAUGGCAGCACACACAGAAAUUGGUCAGAGAUCUUUGGUGCAGAUGGCAACACGAGUACCUGUCACGUUUGCAACAGCGACCAAAGUGGUUAAAGAGAGUAGAAGAGUUCAAAGAGGGACAGAUUGUUCUCAUUAAAACCGACAAUCUUCCACUUGGAAAAUGGGCUCUCGGCCGAAUAGUCGCUAAACAUCCAGGUCCAGACCAUAUUACGCGAGUGUAUAGUGUUAAAAGUGGUGAUAGUGUGGUGAAAAGACCAGUUACAAAACUAUACUUAUUACCAAUACAGAUUAAUGAUUAAUGUACCAUAUAUUUGCAUGCUUUCAGCUUAUUAAAAUGUAUAAUUGUUUUUAAAGGACUUAGUAGUCCUUUGGCCGGCGGUAUGUUAACGCGCACUCGAACCUAUCAUAACUAGUAGUAUUACCUAUAUAUGCAUUUCAUUUUUAGUAGCAUUACAAAAAUCAUAGCAA